AACGCUGUAACAUCAAAGCACGGGGAACGAAUGUUAUGUUAAAACAUAGAUCAGUGGCGGGGGUUGAACUAACAAGAGACCCAGAGUUUGUCAUGUUCUGCGGAAACUUAUAAGUGUACCGGUAUGUUUAAGCAUACAUCCAGGUGAUGUGCAGUGUGACAUAGUAAAUCAAUAUAUGGGAGUAGAAAUUGUAAACGUUACUUUUGUUUUAAAGCACUUGUCUGUGGCGUAGUUUAUUUAGUCGGUGUUUUUAAACUAUUUUGCAGACUUAGUAAGCGGAUAUUUUAAUAUAAAAAUGGAUAUCUACUGGUUAACGUGUUUGCUGCUGUUGUGCGUGGUAGAGGUUUUUAACAAACCUACUUAUAAAAAUGAACGGGUUCAUUUUGACCCAGUAUUGAGCCGAGAUCCUCAUGAAGACAACCAAAGCCACCAAUACGACCAUGAGGCCUUUUUAGGAAAAGAAGAGGCCACGACUUUUGAUCAGUUAACUCCAGAAGAAAGCAAGGAAAGACUUGGGAAAAUUGUUGACAGGAUUGAUGGUGACAAAGAUGGAUAUGUUACUACAGAUGAGCUAAAGAGCUGGAUAAAUAGAGUACAGAAGCGCUACAUUUAUGAAAAUGUAGCUAAAGUUUGGACGGACUAUGAUUUAAACAAAGACAACAAGAUUUCUUGGGAUGAAUACAAAAAAGCCACCUAUGGCUACUACCUUGCUAAUCCUGAAGAAUUCCAAGAUGCCACAGACCAGUUCAGUUUCAAAAAGAUGCUCCCCCGUGAUGAAAGGAGAUUCAAAACUGCUGACCUCGAUGGGGACACGGCAGCCAGCCGGGAAGAAUUCACUGCUUUCCUUCACCCAGAGGAGUUUGAUCACAUGAAAGACAUUGUUGUUCUUGAAACCCUGGAAGACAUAGAUAAGAAUGGUGAUGGGCAUGUGGAUGAAGAUGAGUAUAUUGCUGACAUGUUUGCUCAUGAAGUAGAAGGACCGGAACCGGACUGGGUGAAAACAGAAAGAGAGCAGUUUGCAGACUUCCGGGACACCAAUAAGGAUGGAAAGAUGGACAAAGAGGAAAUUCGGCAUUGGAUCCUUCCUCAGGACUAUGAUCAUGCACUGGCUGAAGCCAGACAUCUAGUCUAUGAAUCAGACUUGAACAAGGAUCAACUAUUGACCAAAGAAGAAAUCUUGGAAAACUGGAACAUGUUUGUUGGAAGCCAGGCAACUAAUUAUGGAGAAGACCUCACCAAAAACCAUGACGAGUUGUGAUCCGAAUUGCUGCGGAAUAUGCAGUCCUUUUCUUGCCAAAAACUUGUAUCAUAGUUUGAAAGAAAUGAAUGAAGCCACUAAAACUAAACGUUUUGCUUGAACAGUGACUGAAAUACCUGCACCAAUAUUGGGAGACAAAUUGAGUGUAUGUUUUACCUCACUUUUUCAGGGGAGUGCUGCCUUGUAACUGUUUGCAUCAAUGACAGGGUUGUGCCUAUCUUGUAUAUAUGUAUCUUGAGUGCUUCCAAUCAGUAUUUUAGAACUUUGGCUCUGAAUUCUAUUCAAGAUUAUUUUUCAGCUGCUUCCAUUGUGCCUGCAUAAAUACGUGCACAGAACAAGCAUGUUCUACAUUGCCGGAGUUUCUCUUGUCAGUCAGGCGUUUUUGCCAUUCUUAGUUUCUGGUCUUUUGUCAGUAUUCAAAAUGACACAACCAAGCUCUGAGGCAUUUCAGUAAUAUCCUGUCGUCUCAGUAGACUGUUGCCCUUUGUUACUUGUGCUGAUUAUUGGACAAAGUAUACAUGGACAGCAGAGGUAUUUAAAA